AUGUUAGUGUCCAGGUGGGCCGACAGACUGGACGUCCUCUCCUCUGCUGCCACUCAGGACCCUGAAGGUUUCCUCGGACAUCCGGUGAACGCCUUCAAACUGAUGAAGAGGCUGAACACGGAGUGGGCGGAGCUGGAGAGCCUGGUGCUGACGGACAUGACUGACGUGUUCAUCUCCAACCUGACCAUCCAGAGGCAGAACUUCCCCAACGACGACGACCAGACCGGAGCAGCCAAAGCUCUGAUGAGGCUCCAGGACACCUACCAGCUGGACACCAACACCAUCUCCACCGGACAGCUGCCCGGCUCGUCCUCGGCCACCUCCCUGACGGUGGACGACUGCUACGACCUGGGCAAGGUGGCGUACUCGGAGGCCGACUACUACCACACCGAGCUGUGGAUGGUUCAGGCGCUGAAGCAGCUGGAUCAGGGAGAAACGUCCAGCAGCGUGGACGCCGUCGCCGUCCUGGACUACCUGAGCUACUCCGUCUACCAGCAGGGGGCGCUGGAGACGGCGCUGGACUUCACCAAGAGGCUGCUGGAGCUCGGUCAGUGCCGCCGGAUUUUUAAAUUCCUUGAGCAGUUGUUUGUUGUGUUUUGUGAACUCUUCCUUUGGUGUCAGUCAGCACAUAUUCCAAACUAUUUAUCUCUGCGUCGAGCCACCAUCUCCAACCCCGUAACCGGUGUGCUGGAGACGGCCCACUACCGCAUCAGCAAGAGCGCCUGGCUCGGAGCGUACGAGCAUCCGGUGGUGGACAAGAUCAACCAGAGGAUCGAGGACAUCACCGGCCUGGACGUGUCCACGGCCGAGGACCUGCAGGUGGCUAACUACGGCGUCGGAGGCCAGUACGAACCUCACUUCGACUUUGGACGGAAAGACGAGCCGGAUGCGUUCGAGGAGCUGGGCACGGGGAACCGGAUCGCCACCUGGCUGCUCUACAUGAGCGACGUGCAGGCAGGGGGCGCCACCGUCUUCACCGACGUCGGAGCCGCCGUCUGGCCCAAGAAGGGGACGGCCGUGUUCUGGUACAACCUGUAUCCCAGCGGAGAAGGAGACUACCGGACCCGGCACGCCGCCUGUCCGGUUCUGGUCGGGAACAAGUGGGUUUCCAACAAGUGGAUCCACGAACGAGGGCAGGAGUUCAGGCGGCGCUGUGGCCUCCAGGAGACCGACUGACCAGCGAGCCGCUGAGUGUGACUGCACGUGAUCGCAUGCUUGUUUUAGUCUGGGGUGUGUGUGUGUUGCAGUGUGUGUGAGUGUGUGUGAUUCACCAACUUCAUCAAGUCAGAAUUGGGUUUCUGUUGGCAGCAUUCAGACGUCUGUACGUCCCAGUCGUCAGGUGCUUUUAAAGGUCAACGCCGUGUGAAGAACAAAGAACGUCUGAGAACGAGUGGAUUCGCCGACGGAGCGUUUUAAUCACAGAAACAGGAAACACUGGAACUAGGACGAAGUGUGUCGCUGAGCAGCUUCAUGGAAACCAGCUGAGGCUCGUCUCCGUCUGAACAUCUCCAGCAGGUUUUAUAAACGUCUCCUCAUCGUUCAGACUCCAAACAGGAAGAAUGCUGAGCAGAGAGAGACCAGAACAUGUCAGAGCCUUCAACAGGACCGGUCAUAUGUUCAGUCAGUCGUAUAUAUAAUGACAUGUUCAGUGAUAAAGACCUGAAUGAUUGAA